UCUCUGGUCUCCCCAUCCCAGGCCACCUUCCUUUGUCCCACCUCCCCCGAGAUCCCAGCAGUCAACAUGCCUCCCAAGAAGCCUGAGCCCAAGAAAGAAGCAGCUAAGCCCACCCCAGCUGCUGCCCCAGUCCCUGAGCCCCCCAAGGAACCCGUUUUUGACCCCAAGAGUAUAAAGAUAGACUUCACUGCUGACCAGAUUGAAGAGUUCAAAGAGGCCUUCUCACUGUUUGACCGGACCCCGACUGGCGAGAUGAAGGUCACCUACGGGCAGUGUGGGGACGUGCUGCGGGCCCUGGGCCAGAACCCCACCAACGCUGAGGUGUUGCGUGUCCUGGGCAAACCCAAGCCUGAAGAGAUGAAUUCCAAGAUGCUGGACUUCGAGACCUUCCUGCCCAUCCUGCAGCACAUCUCCCGCAACAAGGAGCAGGGCACCUAUGAAGACUUUGUGGAGGGGCUGCGUGUCUUUGACAAGGAGAGCAACGGCACGGUCAUGGGUGCCGAGCUCCGCCACGUUCUGGCCACCCUGGGAGAGAAGAUGACAGAGGCUGAAGUGGAGCAGCUGUUAGCUGGGCAGGAAGAUGCCAAUGGCUGCAUUAACUAUGAAGCCUUUGUCAAGCACAUCAUGUCUGGGUGAAGCAGACUCCUCUACUGUUCCUGCCUGCCUUUGGUCUAGACCUCCCAGGGCAAGUGAACAGGAGGCCCAGAGAGACCGAGCUGGAGUCAGCGUUCUGGACUUGUACCUCCACCCUGAUUCCAGGGCCCCAGGGCUCCAGAGCGCUUGCUUGUAAAUAAAGACCUUUGGCAUGGCUGGGAUGA